AUGGAGGCAACCGAAGGAGCCGCCACAGAAAUAGCUACGAUAGCGUUCUAUCAUCGAGUGAUUGUAGCAUCCAUCCUGAUAGGAGCAUCGAUUAUUGGUCUCUUUGGCAACACUCUCGUGAUCAUCUCCGUCCUUAUUACGAAGAAGCUACGUACGAUCACCAACAUCUUGGUCGUCAAUCUCGCCAUCGCUGAUUUCUUGACGUGCGCCUGCUUGCCAUUUCAGGUCAUAGGUUUUUUAAGUCAGACGGGAAGCUAUCCUCUCCCUGAGGGCGUUUGCGCUACUGUUGCAGCUGUGCUUCACACCUGCCUGGUGUGUAGCGCUUCGACCCUUGUCGUUAUCGGAUUCAUCCGAAGGUACGUCAUUACAAGAUCUAUCCGCGGCCAUCAAGGUUUCCAUACCCCGAAGAAAAUCGCGACAGUGGCUGUGUUCAUCUGGAUGGAGUCAGCUGCGUUCAUGGUCUUACCCCCAGUUCUAGGAAUCGGGAGGCUAGGUUAUUCCUCAUUCUACGGCAUGUGUGCUUUCAUUGGUUAUACCAGAAUGGCCCUGUAUUAUGUCGCAUCUCAAGGCAUUUUCAUCGCCACCAUCCUGAUGCUUACACUGAUAUUUUACGGUCUGAUUCUGCGCCAUGUUUUGCGACACAAUAAGCAAUUCCGUGGCAAGUUUGCGGUCGACAAAGAUACCUCUGUAAGCUCAACAGAGGGGCAUCAGAACAAGGCUUCUACAUCUGAUUCUCCUCUACCGAUGAUCAAGGCCAUCAACCAAAAGGAGAUCGAGAUCACUAAGAAUGUUUUCACAGUCGUCUGUCUUUUCAUCGUCUGCUUUUUGGCGUCCAGCGUGAACUUCAUCAUACCUGGCAGCAGUGUGUCAACCCUCUAUGGCUACAUGAUCAUGCUGACAAACAGCGUGGUCAAUCCGAUCAUCUACGGCCUGAAGCAUCCCAAUUUUCAAGAAGCCUUCAAGAAAAUCCUUUGCUGUCGUCGCGCACCGCAGGAGUUUGUCUCAAAUUGA